GUGAUGUGUGUCCCGAGGGAUGUUUGAUGGAUUAAUGCUGAGCAGCUCCAUUGCGAUGUACCACCUGAUCUCACUCCCACCGUCUGCCUCUAUAAAACCUGCCUGACUGCUGAUCUCAGCUAGUCUCUCAGUCUCUCCUCUCUCUGUCUGUCUGUCUCUCUUUCUUCCUAUCUCUCUCUCUCUCUCUCUCUUUUCUCUAUCUCUUCCUCCUCUCAGCCGCCUCCGCUGCAUGGCCGGGAGCUAUCCAGUGCUGAACAAGUGAAUUUUUUCUUUUUUUCAGCAGCGUAAGCGGGUGUAUGUGUGUGUGUGUGAGUACAGUAGCAGGCACACACACACACACAGUGUUGUACCAUCAGACAUCUCUCUCUUCUCCUGCGUGCUCUUCAUUUUUUUCUUUAUCUAGCCGCUGUUCUUUUUUUUGUUUUUUCUUUUUUUUAGUUUCUGGGACGUGGAUCUUUUUUUUUUAUACACUGGAUUUCAUUCGGGACGGUUUUCACCGGGAUUUUUUUUUCUGUCUGCGGCCGAUGUGAAGGAUUUCUGGUGCGUCUGUGCGGCCGUGUGUGAACCAUGCCUCGCUCAUUCCUGGUGAAGAAAAUCAAACUGGAUGAUUUCUCCUCGUCUCCCGUAUCAGCGUCUAACCAUCAUCACCAUCAUCAUCUCGAUGACUCCUUUACGCGCUCUCGCUCCAGCCUGGGCGUCCGGCUUUGCGAUAAUGGCUACAUCCAGGAUUACAUCAGCUCUUCUGAAUACACAGAGGAGAAGCAGGCCGACAUGAAGCUGAGCUCGGAUCCGCUGUACUCCCCGGUCAGCAGCGGGGAAGGGGAGUACUGCCAACCGGACUUGGAGCACCCAGACAGCCCCCAGUCCGGCCUCACGGCCCGCGGAUACUUCAGCAGCGAGAGUGAAUCUCUCAGCGAGGGCUACACCAUGGACGCGUUCUUCAUAUCUGACGGCCGUUCGAGGAGGAAGGGAGAGGUCCCCGAAACAAGGAAAGCCGCCGAUGAAGAGAAAGAAGUGGCGGCGGUGAGCAACGGAGGUCCCCGACACACCUGCAACGAAUGCGGAAAGACCUACGCCACUUCAUCCAACCUGAGCCGACACAAGCAGACCCACCGCAGCCUUGACAGCAAGAUGGCCCGCAAGUGUCCCACCUGCGACAAGGUUUACGUGUCCAUGCCGGCGCUGGCCAUGCACAUCCUCACUCACGACCUCAAGCACAAAUGUCACGUGUGCAGCAAAGCCUUCAGCCGGCCCUGGCUGCUUCAGGGUCACAUGCGAUCGCAUACAGGAGAAAAACCCUUCGCCUGCGCCCACUGCGGGAAAGCCUUCGCCGACCGGUCCAACCUACGAGCGCACAUGCAGACGCAUUCGGCCUUCAAACACUACCGCUGCAAGCGCUGCAAUAAGACCUUCGCGCUGAAGUCCUACCUGAACAAGCACUACGAGUCCGCCUGCUUCAGAGGCUCCGGAGACGAGGACGAGUCUGGCUCCGAGAAUUAACAAAACAGAAAGGAUGAAGAUGAGUUAACGCUCGCGCAAAAUUCUCCCCACAGACUCCCUUCACAGACCCCACUUUCCCUUUUUUAGAAAGCAAUAUUUUCACCGAGAAAAAAAACCAAACCAACCCAAUAAUAAGAAGACAAUAAUGAAUAGAUGCUGGAUUUUUUUCUUUGGUAAAAAAAAAAAAAAGACCCUCUCAUAUAGACACGUACAAUUACGAGGCCUGGCAUGCAAAUUUUUAUGAACAUAAUAAUAUUAAUAACAAUAGUAAUAAUAUUUAGAUUCCUGAUGUUUUAUAGUAAAUGAAAAAAAAAAGACAUAAAAAAGACAGCAACAGGUUUGUGCUUUUUGAGAAAUGAAAUCAAUUUGUAUUUUUAUGCUGCUCUUUUAUUUUGAAUUCUUUUGCAACUGCCAACAUGAACUUUUUAUGAAAAUGUGAAUAAUGACAGUAUUUGCAAAAAAGAAAAAAAAAAGAAGAUUGUAGACCUCUGAAAAGGUACAAACUUUUGUUACAUUUUUGGUAUUUUAUUUAUAAUUGUUAUUUUUAUAUUCAAAGUUUCCUGCAGUUUCUUGGUUCCAUUAUUUAUUUGUUUAUUUAUUUAUUUAUUUAUUGUGCCAAUCAUGUCCAGUAACUAAUUGAGCAGAGCGAUCUUCACUCUGUGUUUACCAUACGGAGGAAACAGCACUCAAGACUAAGCAUUUCAGUGAUCUCCAAACAUUCGAAACGUACAAAAUACGGACGACAGGGACUUUCAACAACAUCUCUGCUCGCUCUGCUGGGCUUCCUCACACUAAAACAGACUGCAUGUGCUCCAGAUGCCUGGAGCUCCGCCCCUUGUCUUCCUGCUCCAUGAUUACCUCACCCAGAGGCAGGUAUGACCUCUAACCUCUGCUCUGUCCACGCUCUCAAAGCGCCCAUCACACAAACCUCAUUUCUACCAUUCCAGUAUUGUUGUUGAGUAUUUAUGUAUUUAUUUAUGCACUAUUUUCAUUUUCUUAUUUAUUUCACGUGUAUUUAUUUGUGUACCUAUUUAUCUACUUAUUUAUUUAUUUAUUUAUUCGGUUGAUUAUUCUCUGUGUUAUUGGAUACUGAACUGCCGUUGACCUUUUAAGAUGCUGCUCUUUAAUGAAAAUCUUUAUAUGCAUGAUUCAGCUGUAGAGGGAUUUUAUUCUUUUUUUGAGAGGGACGGUAUGCAGUGUUUAAAAGCAGAUGAAUUCAGGUGUGAUGCUUUGUUUAAUGGGCAAUAAUUCUUCUUAGGUACAGCAACUUGUAUAAUCACAGCUGUCCUGUUAGCAGUCAAUGUAGGGCAAUAAACAAAAACCUCCUUAAUAUCUCAAAGGUCAUUCUCUCCAUUUCGUCGUUUCUAGAACUCCAUUUCUUGCUAAGACCAUCCAGAAUGUCUACAUAUGGCGUGUAUGUGUGACUCCACCCAUAUCUGUGACAUCACAGUUCAUCUCAUUGCCAAAGGCCAAACAAUUUAGUCAUCGAGAAAUCUUUCACAUGUGAACAUCAACAAAAAACGUACAUUGCUAUAUUACUCCCUGAAAGUGCAAACUGAACUCGACAGAUAAUAAAAUUCUUGUUCUUUUUGUACUUACAAAUUUAAACAUUUUAAUAAGAAAGUCAGCAGCAAUAAGCCUUUUUCUAACUGAAUUUUUACUAUUAUCACAGACUUGAUAUUACCGUCUUAUGUCUCAGCAAUAUUUUUGAAUGAAAUGAUAAAAAGACUAACCCACAGCAUGACAUAUUUCAUGAAUUUGGCUUUAGCUGUCCAAAUAAAUCCCAUCAUAAGCUGCGGCCGCCAGACGAUGACAUGAAUAUGACAGAGUUUCAGUGACAUGUGAAAUAGAAGUCCCAAAUCCUAGAUCCAGAAAUAAUGACACCCCCUGAACGGCCAAUCAGGAUGGAUUAUUCAGUGUUUGGGAGAAAGGAGUGCUGGGUUCAGGACAGAGAUGAAACAAAAUAGAGGCUUAAUGGCAGCAUUGAUGAAAAUAGCAGAGCAUAUGGCGCCAAUGUGCCGCUGCCUGUAUAAUAAAGAUCUGAAAGAUGUUUGGAGAUGAAAGGAUGAGAAGUGCAAUCAGAAUGCGACAGUGUAAAUCGGCUGUCUCCUUGCUGCUUCUCCUCUGAAGCAGAAAAAGCGGAAACAAAACUGCUUAUUUUGAUAUAAAAUUAAAUUUAGCACCAUCACGAGGAAUGAAACCUUGCACCAGGACAAUAUGCAUCAGCAUAUGCGAUGCAGCUCAUGUCAAAGAGAAUAGAGGCUAUGUCCACUCCCCUAAAGGGUUAACAGGUGUUGGUGGACAGACAGUAGUCUGAGAGCAUAAUUGAGUCUGAGUUUGACCUUGUGAGGAAGGUCGAGCAGCACCAGCCAAAGGCUCUGUCAGCGUUUUGCAUAUUGUAAAAAGGACGGCACAAUCUCAGUAAUGGGCCAAAACCUGUGGGGAAUAGAUAAUGAGUUUCUCCUCCCACUUUUCUUCUCCUCUUCGCCUCUUUUCCACCCAAUCCUGACCUCGUACAGUGGCACGCUGCGUCUCACGUGCACUAGCAGAGUUCUGCAUGGUAUUUCACACUCACUGCUGAUGGACAUCAGUGUCAGAAAUAUAAAAAACAACUAUUCAAAUUAAAAUAUGCACCGUCUGGAAAACAUUUUCGGGAAAAUGUUUACUCGAAAAAUUAAUGCUUGAUCACCGGUAGGUUGAUUACAAACAUAAAUCAUUACAUUUUAUAAAUAUACAAGAUAACGUGACUUUUUUUCAAGUAUCUUAUUCUAAACUAGACAGACCAACGGGAAAGAACAUUAUACAUAUAUAAAUUCCAUAUAUAAUGGAAAGUAUAAUGGCUUUCACAAGAAUAUUAAGCAACAAUAUAAACUCCAAUACUGAUAAUAAGUAAGAGUAAAGGCUGAAAUUUCAGAUUUGCCAUCAAAAGUGACAUUUGACAAUACAUUAAUUUGAAAAUAGUUGUAAAAAUAUUUCACAAAUACUUUUUACAGUAUAUUAUUGUUCAGGAAAAUGCAGCCAAAAGACUAAGAAAUAAAAAAAUUGUACUUUUGAAAGGUAGCGUAUAUGUAAAAUAAACUAAUGUUAUCUAACAGAUAUAUCAUGUAGAAGUGUCCUCUCAUUUUAAAUAUCUGUAGCACAUUUUGUGGUAUUCUUGCUAAAAAUCCUAUUAAUUUCUGACCCUAAUGGACAUUCAUCCUGCUUUUUUUUCCCCCUAAAUCAUCCCUUCAUAUUUCUGACACACCCACAGCUGCGAAGAAUCAACAGACUAUCUGUUAUGAAUAUCCAUCUGGAUAUUUUCCAUUGUAAUAAGGCUUGAAUUUAGAGUCAAUUCUAAUUAUGCAAAGCUUGAUGUAAUGUAGAUGAGCUCUUAAAUACUAUUCCAAAGGACUACCACCAUCUCUUUGUUUUAAGAAAAAAAACAUUUUCCGCAAAUGUUCAGAAAUGUGAGAUAACCGAAGAAGAGACUGAGAAAGAGAAUGCUUUUUUUUGCCUGUUUUUCCUAAAGCAAGUGUAAAUAUGUAUGUAUAUAGAUCUCAGCAAUAAUGAGACACCGCAUGCGAGCAGAUCCCUUUGCUUUUACCUUUUCUGAGCCGUUUAACCCUGGACAGGCUGAACAGGAUCAGGGACUUCAUUAGCUCAUUACUUGCUGUAGCUACCAGCAAUAUUAACAAUGCUAAUCAUUCUCUCUCUGUUCACCGGGAUCUACACAUAUUUCUUUGUCUCGGUCCCUCUUUUUCUCUCCUGUUUUUUUUUUUUUUUUUUUUGUGGAAGUGCCCAGCCUGGCUGAACAAUAAUAUGAAGUGCCAAAAAAAUAAAGAGUUAUUUCCAUGACAAAAGCCUUCAGCAUAUGGUAGGCAACUCACAGCCCUCCAUAUGGUCCUUGAGAGAUUUCAGAUUGUCUCUCUUCUUUUCCCUUGCCUUCUCUCUCUAUCUUCCUGCCUCCCUGUGUAAAACCGUAAAGAUUUUUCCACUUCUGAUGUUACAUUUUGCCUGUUAUGAAGGGUAAAGCCAAUAGUGAUGUUUAUGAACAAUAAAAUCAAUAGCACAAGCA